CCUAGGUCCCUGCUGGCACCCCGAUGUGCCCCCCCCGCAGCCCGGCUGCUGCCCCGUUCCCCCCCCCUGCUCGCCCUCUGCUCGCCCCCCACCACCGAGGGACCACGGAUCGGAGCAGCCCCACCGCCGCCGCCGCCGCCGCCAUGGAGUUCUCGGAGCUGAUCAAGACGGCGACGGUGGAGAGCGUGGUGCUGGGGGGCAGGGGGCUGCCGGCGGUGAGGGGCACGCUGUGCAUCACCAGCCACCACCUGCUCCUCUCCUCCUGCCCCGGGGGGGACGCCCAGCCCAGCACCGUGGAGCUCUGGCUGCUCAUCCGCAACGUGGACGCGGUGGAGAAGAGGCUCGCCGGCUCCUCCGGCACCAUCACGCUGCGGUGCAAAGACCUGAAGGUGCUGCAGCUGGAGAUCCCGGGCAUGGAGGAGUGUCUGAACAUCGCCAGCUCCAUCGAGGCCCUCUCCUCGGUGGACUCCGUGAUGAUGAUGUACCCGUUCUUCUACAGACCCCAGGACCUGCGGCUCGAGGAGGGCUGGCACCUCUUCCCCCUCGAGCAAUACUUCCAAAAAAUCGCCGCACAGACAAACCAGUGGCGGCUGAGCGACCUGAACAGGGAUUUCACCACCUGCCCCACGUACCCUGCGGGCGUCAUCGUGCCGGCGGCCGUGAGCGAUGACACCUUGCGGAGAGCGGCCCGAUUCCGGCAGGGCGGGCGCUUCCCCGUCCUCAGCUAUUACCACCCCAGCAACGGGACUGUGAUGCUCCGCAGCAGCCAGCCACUGACGGGCCCCAACCGAAAGCGCUGCCCCGAGGACGAGGUGCUGCUGGGGACGGUCCUGGAUGAAGGCGAGCGGGGCUUCAUCAUCGACACGCGGUCGGCCCAGGCGGCAAAGCAGGCGCGGAUGACGGGGGGUGGCACGGAGCCCAAAUCCUCCUACCCGCAGUGGAAGCGGCUGCACCGGCCCCUGGAGCGAGGCCGCCCGCUGCAGGAGAGCUUCAUUAAGCUGGUGGAAGCCUGCAACGACGCCUCGCUCAGCAUGGACCGCUGGCUGAGCCGGCUGGAGAGCUGCCGCUGGCUGAGCCACGUCAAGGCCGCCCUGAGCACAGCCUGCCUGGCCGCACAGUGCCUCGACAGGGAGGAGGCCAGCGUGCUGGUGCACGGCGCGGAGGGGACGGACACGACGCUGCUGGUGACGGCGCUGGCACAGGUGAUCCUGGACCCGGGCUGCCGCACCAUGGUGGGCUUCCAGGGGCUGCUGGAGCGGGAGUGGAUCGAGGCCGGCCACCCCUUCCACCUCCGCUGCGCUCGCUCUGCCUACUCCCACGCGCGGCUGAAGCAGGAGGCGCCGCUCUUCCUCCUCUUCCUCGACUGCGUGUGGCAGCUGAGCCGCCAGUUCCCCUUCUCCCUGGAGUUUGGUGAGAGCCUCCUCCUCGCCCUCUUCGACAACGCCUACGCCUCCGACUACGGCACCUUCCUCUGCAACAACGAGAAGGAGAGGUGCCUGUGUAAAGUGAAGGAGAACACGCACUCCCUCUGGGCCUGGCUGAACCAGCCUGAGGAGAAGAAGAAGUACCUGAACCCCCUCUACUCGCACAACCCGCUGGUCAUCUGGCCCUCCGUGGAGCCCCAGAGCAUCCAGCUGUGGCAGGGUUUAUUCUUCCGCUGGAUCCGUCCCUCCCAGUACCUGGACGAGGCCCGGGCAGAGAUGCAGAGGUUGGUGGAGGCCAACGAGGCGCCUGCCAAGGAGAGCACAGGGAGCAGGCUGAGCCGGUCGCUCUCCGACCCCGCCACCCGGACGGAGAACGAAAGAUGAGCAGCAGCAUGGGCACCUCGGUCCUGGCAAUCACAUCCCCCUCACUGUGAGUUGAGGGGUCAAGGCGAUGCAGUUUUCCACGGGAUGUGUGCAGGACACUCACCCCGUGGAGCCCAGGGAAGGCUGCGCGCAGCAGCAGCGUGGACAGCCCAGGGAGAGGGGGGACGGACGUGCUUCAGCAGCCUCUCAGCCACGCAGACUGGACGUGGCACAGUAAAGUGGUGUCUCGCAGUCUG